AUGACUGGUAAAUCAUCAAAACCUGUCGAUAUCCGCCUGGCCACUCUCUCAGAUGCCAGCCACAUCGCAGAACUCGGCGCACGUGUCUUCGCAGUCACAUUCGGCCACUCGGUCGAGCCUCACGAACUAGCAGCUUUCCUCGAAGAAUCAUACACAACAGAAGCAAUCACAAAUGAUAUCAAUAGCACAGAUAAAGACGUCAUUGUCGCUACCAACUCCGACGAUGAGCUUGUGGGUUUCGCGUAUCUUACCCGGGGAAGCACUGAGCCUUGUGUAGAGGACUUGGACAUGACUGUCGAGUUACAGAGGAUAUAUGUUGACCUCGACUUGCACGGUACUGGUGUUGGAAAAGUGUUAGAGAAAACCAUUGAAAAGAUGGCGAGGGAUCAAGGGUUCAAACAUCUCUGGCUCGGGGUGUGGGAAGAGAAUCCCAGGGCGAUCAAGGCGUACGAGAAAUGGGGCUAUAAACAGGUUGGAGACCAUGAUUUUACGAUUGGGUCUGUGGUGCAGAGGGACCAUAUCCUGGUCAAGUCGUUGUAG